AUCUUCGUUUAUGUAUUUCAGUUCUGGUAUUCACGAUUUAUGAAUACUCUCUUUUUCUAUAGGGUUUUUUUAACUAUUUUUGAAUUGUCUUCGUUGAGCUAAUAACUAGUGUAGUUGAAACUUGACGAUGAAGCUACAAUAACGUUUAUUUCAUUGAGUAAGGUUCAUAAUUGAUGCAAAGAAGGAAAAACGGUCAAACUUUGAUCUAAUUAGCGCUGAAAGAAAGGAUUAAUCUGGAAUCUGAGUAAUCGUGGAACUACGCGACUCUGAAUUCUAGAACCGUAACUGUUCCGGAAAGAAAACCAAACUAAUUGACAACUGAUAUAUAUGUUUCAAUUCCAAAUUUAACGAGCGAGCCAGUUGCUUCAAAGGAGUGGAAAACUUCACCAGUGGUUGUUGCAGUAAUUUUGAUGAAGGUUGAAACUGAUGUAAUUGGAAUUUGGUAGGCUAUGAAUCUGAUUUGUGAUUUUCAGGUACAGCACAAAAACGUUUCACAACCUACACCUUUCAAAUUAAUUAACCACCACAUUUUCGCAUCCAGAUUCAAUAGUCCUUGCAAAUAUUUUAAUAAUAGAAACAGACUCAAAAUCUCGAGGCUUUGAUCAAAAAUCUAAGCUAAUUUUGAGCUUAAAUUAGUUCAUGUAGGCAAAGUCUUUGAUGAACCGUGAGAUUGGCAGAGCCUCG